CGCGCCUCUCAGCGUCAAACUAGCAGCAAAAGUGCGAGCGUGUUUUGAUUGUGAGUAGAUAGUUUUUGAGACUGAAAAUUCUCGUGUGCACCGUUUCCUGGGGCUACGUCUCCGACUUAAUACAGAAAAUGAAAACUGAAGAUAAGAAUAACAUACCAAAGGUCCGUCUGGCCGUCAUUGGUAAAGCCAACGUCGGAAAAUCAGCACUAACUGUUCGAUAUCUCACUAGGAGGUUCAUUGGGGAAUACCGGAGUAAUACAGAUUUGCUCUAUCGGCAAACGCUAACCGUGAAUAACUCGGCCUUGGAAGUCGAGAUUGUCGACGUCUGCAGUUGCGAUUUAUCUCUAUUCCCCGAAGAGGCCAUUUAUUGGGCGGAUGCCUGCGUCGUGGUUUACGAUAUAACCAACAGGACGUCGAUGACACAUGCCGGCGAGCUACUCCAAAGGGUGCUUCAGUUAAGAAGUCAAAUGCCUAUUGUCCUACUGGGGAACAAAUCAGAUCUGGAACAUCUUCGACAGGUGGACGAAGUUGAGGGUCGAACUCUGGCCAUUCAACACAACUCCCAAUUCCAUGAAGUCUCAGUUGCUGAGAACAGUCCAGCUAUCUACACCGCCAUUGACGCCGUUUUGAACGAGUGUCGUUCAGUACAAAACACGCAAAAAACCCGAAAAUUCUCCGUGUCGAAGAUGAUCGGGACUCUAAUCGGGAAUACAAACGGGAAAGUCGUACCAAAUACAAACCAAGGUGGGACUGUGGUUGUCUGCCACAAGUCCGACUUGUACAAGUCUCGCGUCCUGAGACGGCGGCAGAAUUUUACAGCGACGGCAUCGCUUUGACUAUCGGACAAGGAGGAGCAGGUCGGGACUGCUCGUUGAAUUGAAUUUCGUUCCAUAUUUCUCAGUUUUAUGAGGGAGGGACACGUGCUGUGCAGAAAAGUGAAUGGUCCUUGAACUAAAUACGAGUAAUAAAAGGAACCGUGGUGCCAAGUUGCYCGAUUUUUGUCGAUGGUGAGGAAGAAAUGUGCAAUAAUUUAUCUUGGCAGAAAGGCUUCCGACAGGGUCAAUGUUUGUACAUAUCAGAGGCGUGGAUAGUCUCAUUCAAAGUGGCAUUAAAGUCAACAACAGCUGUGCCCGAGUGCUGAUCGGGACUGGAAUUGGGAUUAUUUUAAUAACUAGACGUAAUUUUUAUACCCUUUCUAUAUUCAUGUUGCCAAUCUUAACAAAAUAAUAUUUAGAUUAGCGAAAAAAUAUUCAACUUUCGACCUUGUGAUUAUGAGAAAGUUGACUAUUCGGUCGCAUUUGUUUCAAAACCCCUGAUGUUUAGGUAAUAGAUGACCAAAUAUUUAAUAAGAUGGUGUGUGCUAUGACGGCUGUGAUACUAAAUGUUUUUUGUAAUUUAUCUAAAUAUAUUUUAAAAAUUUAUGUGAAUUGCAUAGAUAUAUUUAUGCUAAAUAAAUUUGUACAAACUUA